AUGCCGUCAAGUAAAACAGAUCAGAAGCGCAAGCGCUCUACGGACAAGGACCGUCCCAGCAAGAAGCCCGCUCUGCAGACGCUUCCCCCGCUGGCUGCCACCGUUGUCGAAGAUAAGAGCGAAUUGGCCCCAGUGAUUGCCAACACUCCCGGUCUUCUCAGCGCGAAGAACCUUACCUGGAACCCAUAUACCAAGAACCGCGCCAAUGCCUCCAAGUCUGCGGCGAACUCAAACCCGGGCAUUGUCUCAUCAGAGAUGCUGCUGCAGUCUUCAGACCAUGCCAAGCUGGACUUUGUCGGCCGUGAAGGCACAGGAGACGACACCGACUCCCAAUUAAAGCACUAUGUCGCAGUUGUGGAUCCGGAGCGCAAGACAUGGAAGGUUGUCGAGGUCCGACGGGCGACUCUGCGAGGAGCAGUGAGAACCCGCAAGGCUGAGGAUGACUCGGAUGAAGAAGAUAUGGUAUUUGACGGUCCUCAAUUUCCCUCCAACAAGCAGAAAACUAACAAUCAACAGACUAUGCGUGCCCAGCGCACAGCACUCACCAACACCUUCGGUACAAAGCAAUCUCGCAAGGCCGUGCAAUCCAUGGCCGAGAACGCCCAACUCUCCAACGCACCCACCGGCGCCGUGCCCCAAGCCGGCGCAGCUCUCAUCUCCUCCAUGCCCUCCAACACAACCUCCGGCCGGGCCAAGGAACUCGCCGUGCAAGCCGAAGUGCAAGCAGCCAAGCCCCUCCCAACCCCCGAUCUCUCCGCCUCGCACCCCUCAGACGUCUACACCAUCGAAACCCUCGUGCCAGGCAGCCACACGACCCUCACUCAGCUCAACGGUGUGGACGACUGGAAGGCCCAGGUGGAAGCUGGUCUCGGUGUGACCACCGUCUCCCGCUACGUCUCCAACCGCGUCGGUGCGGUCGUCCUCUCCGACAACACAACCCACCUCCAAGUCCUGCGCUUCAUCCAGCUCCUGAUCGAAUUCGGCCGCUGUCUCAAGAGCGGCGGCGCAAACGCCAAGGGAGGCGGCCCAGGCUCCAAGCGUCUUCCUCCUCGCGAAGAACUCCGCCGCAUCCUCUCAAACACAACCGGCGCUUCCACCAAAUCCGCAGACGCAUCUUCAGAUCUCCUGCCAGAGUCGGUCAUCGACGCUGUCCGCCGCCGCUUCGCCCCCACUGGUGGCUACGUCUCCAAGAACGACUUCACCCUCCUGCAAACCACUAUCUGUGCUCUCUCACUGCAUAUCCCCCCUCAGCCUGCGAAGGAUGGUGGAUCUAGCUCUCUCGGCGGUAAUGCCCCCAACGAGCUGGCUACGGAUCCCUCUGAUCUGCGUGACGAUCUUCGUCUUGACCCAACGGCGAUCCACCAAUUCUUCCGCGAGCUGGGUUGUCGCAUUGAUAAGCCCCGCGAGUCAGAGUUCGCUAAGUGGAACAUUAAGGGCGGAAAGGCUGAGGCGAAUGCUCGUCGCGUUGCUCGUCUGCGUAUCCCCGUUGAGUUCCCGAAGGUUAGCCGUGGUGGUCGCAAAUAG